CUCAAUUCUCCAGCUGGUCGUUAGUUCUUGAAGAAACAGAAAAAUAUCCAGAAAAUUUGGAUCGAACUGAUCGCUUAGCUGGGGUGUUACAAUUCAGCUUGCAAAAAUGCUGAUGGGUCAUGCUGCAGCCCUGCCGAAGCUUGGGUCGGCCCAAAACUUGCCACUCUCUGAUCCCGUUUCCGAACAAGAUGUCGAUGAAAAUAUUGACAAUCCUUCGAGAGUUUUAUAUACAGCUUCAUUUGAGGAGCUUGCAUCCAAAAACGUUCAGUACGACACAAUUAUAUGGCUCUCGAUAUCUAUCCUGCUGGUUUUAGCAUGGGGUGUUGGGAUCAUUUUUCUGCUUUAUUUACCCUAUAGAAGAUAUGUUCUUCAGAAAGAUAUCGCAUCACGUAAACUCUAUGCCACGACAGAAGAAUUAGUGUACAAGGUCUCGAGGCCUUCAUUCGUACCAUUCUUGGGUGAAAAGAAAAUCGAGAAGCGUAUACCUCUUUCCCUGAUAAUUGGUGUUGUAAUAGAACAAGGUUGCUUACAGUCGGUGUACGGAUUACGUACCUUCAAAGUCGUAAGCAUUGCACAAGGUAAAGCAGCUCCUAUUGACGAAUUGCAGGUUCAAGGGGUUAGUAACCCCGGAUUUCUUAGGAAGGUAUUAAUAACACAUGCUUCAAAGGCUAUACAAGAUGCUGUGGGAAGCUGGAGUCAUACUAAUCAAGUUACUGAAAGCGAAAGCAUGUCCCGUAUGGAAUCUUUAACUUUGGGUCCCGCAGUUUUGAGGUCACCAACACCAUCUAAAAGCUGGAAGACAGUAUUAUCUCCCCAUCAUGCUUUGAAGGAAGGCAAAGGUACAAUUCCUACAGAUCUUAUGCUUCGCAAGCUUGAAGAAGUUAACAAGUCGGUGAAGAAAAUCAAGUUUCUUGUCGAGAAAAAACAGGCUACCACCAGACCAACCAUCACGCCGGAGAAGAUGAUCAAGAAGCGAAUCCUGAUAGUCGGCGGCACCGGCUACUUGGGCCAACACCUCCUACGAUCUUUCUCCGAUAACUCAGAUGCAGAUUUUCCCGUAGCCCUCGCGUUCACGCACCGCUCGAAUCCUCCUCCUCAGGCGCUGCUCGAUGCUGUUCCUCAAGCUCUCCCGUUCCACGUCGAUCUGAGCACCGGCAGCGGCCUCGGCUCGAUUUCCGAUGAUUUUGGCCAGCCAGACGUGGUGAUCAAUUGUGCUGCUCUUUCUGUGCCCCGAGCGUGUGAGAUGGAUCCGGAAGCUGCCAUGUCUGUGAAUGUCCCUACAGCUCUUGUGAAAUGGUUGUCGAGCUUUGGAGAGAGUACUCUUCUGAUACAUUUGUCGACUGAUCAAGUUUAUGAAGGGACAAAAUCCUUUUACAAGGAAGAGGAUGAGACUGUCCCGGUGAAUGUUUACGGAAAAUCUAAAGUCGAGGCAGAACAUUAUAUAUCUGAGAACUGCCGGAACUUUGCAAUUUUGAGAAGCAGUAUAAUCUAUGGACCUCAAACUAUAUCUCCUGUUCCUAAAUCUCUUCCAAUCCAGUGGAUGGACAGUGUCCUUGCUAAGGGAGAGGCAUUGGAUUUCUUUCAUGACGAGUUUCGAUGUCCUAUUUUCGUGAAAGAUCUCGUUUCUGCAGUACAGACAUUGACUAAACAAUGGAUCUCAGAUUUUAAAUGUGUUAAGGGUCAUGCCAAAGAGGCUAAGCAAAUGCGGUUAGUCCUAAAUGCUGGCGGCCCAGAUAGGGUAUCACGGGUUCAAAUGGCUGAGGCAGUUGCACGUGUCAGAGGCUACAGUACCUCACUAAUCAGACCAGUGUCUGCCUCCUCAGUUGAUCGUGGUGUCAAAUCUCCUUCAGAUAUUUCCAUGGACAUCAAGAAGCUGAUUCAGACAACAGGUAUUUCUCCAACUCAUUACACAGAAGGUGUCAGAUUGACUCUUGAGGCUGAAAGUUGUCAAUAGUUUGGUACCGACUUGGUGAAUGAACUGUUUUAUUAAGACAGUUCACUGUGAUUGAACCUGAAAGGUUUAAACUUUAAAGACAUAAUAGAAGUGGAAAAAACUUCAAAGCUUCCUUGUUUCUUACAUUUACUGUACAUUCUGAUCAAAUGUAAAAAAGACAUUAUUCACAUUUGGAGGACUGAUUUACCGCGUUUGUGGGCUUCGGGCCAACGUUGAUUCUUAGCCAAAUUGCCCAUACCAAAGUUUAAGGAAUAGCAAACCACCACAUGAG